GUGGAGCGCGGAAGUGUUCGCCGAAAGAGAGAGAGCAAACGGCCAGACCAAAGCAGAGCACAGUACGCGAUUUUUUUGAAUGACUGUUGGGCAUGGCUGCAUUUGUGUCGGUGUGUGUGUGGACAGAACUUCGGCGGCAGCGACAAACGAAAACGUCAAAAACAACGUAAAAAAUAGUGAAGCAUAAAAGCAAAAACUGAAGAAAAACCCAAGAAGCAACCGCGUGCCCGUCCAAGUGUGUGUAUGUGUGUGUGUUUCAGUGUGUCUGUGCGUGUGUCUUCUUGUUGUUAUUGUGUUUGUGAAUAGUGGGAAGUGUUUUUGUUUUGUUACCUUCUGGCGUACCCUACCCUACCCUACCCUACCCUACCUGGAAGGGGCUAAUGCAGGAAUCUGUUCGGUUCUGCCGCUUUGCAUGGCGUGCCGGGAACACCAGCAACAACAUGCACAAAUAGUAGCAUUCGCCUGUAAAUGUAAAUGCAAAAAAGUGAUGACUGAGACGCGAUAAGAGGCAGACAGCAUCGAGGGACUACAACCGCACAAUCUCAGCCAUAAUAAAGAACUAAAAAAAAUUAAAAAUAUACUGCUACAAUGACAAUUACGUACACGGGUGAAGUGGCCACUUGUCGCGGCUUUGGCUGCUUUCUCAAAUUGUUGCUCAGAUGGCGCGGAAGCAUUUACAAGCUGGUCUGGCUGGAUCUGUUGGCCUUCCUCACCAUCUAUUAUGUUAUCAAUAUGGUAUAUCGGUUCGCUCUCAAUCCCACCCAGAAGGAGACCUUCGAGGCCAUCGUUCAGUACUGCGAUAGUUAUAGUGAUCUCAUACCCCUCUCCUUCGUGCUGGGCUUCUAUGUGUCCAUCGUGAUGACCCGCUGGUGGAACCAGUACACCUCCAUACCCUGGCCGGAUCCUAUCGCCGUCUUUGUCAGCUCCAAUGUGCACGGCCAGGACGAGCGUGGACGCAUGAUGAGGCGCACCAUCAUGCGAUAUGCCUGCCUUUGCCUGACCAUGGUGCUGGCGAAUGUGUCACCGCGGGUGAAGAAGCGUUUUCCGGGACUCGACAAUCUGGUGGAGGCGGGUCUGCUCAACGACAACGAGCGCACCAUCAUCGAGGCCAUGAACAAGUCCUUUCCGCGACCCUCCAAGCACUGGCUGCCGAUUGUCUGGGCCGCCAGCAUCAUCACCCGCGCCCGGAAGGAGGGACGCAUCCGCGAUGACUUCGCCGUGAAGACCAUCAUCGAUGAGCUGAACAAGUUCCGGGGCCAGUGCGGACUCCUGAUCAGCUACGACACGAUCAGUGUGCCCCUGGUCUACACCCAGGUGGUUACCCUGGCCGUGUACUCGUACUUUCUCACCUGCUGCAUGGGCCAGCAGUGGAUCGACGGGAAGGUGGUGGGCAACACCAGCUACCUGAACAAGGUGGAUCUGUACUUCCCGGUCUUCACCACGCUGCAGUUCUUCUUCUACAUGGGCUGGCUGAAGGUGGCCGAGUCCCUGAUCAAUCCCUUUGGGGAGGACGAUGAUGACUUCGAGGUCAACUGGAUGGUGGACCGCAAUCUGCAGGUCUCCUACCUGAUUGUCGACGAGAUGCAUCACGACCAUCCCGAACUGCUCAAGGAUCAGUACUGGGACGAGGUGUUCCCCAACGAGCUGCCCUACACCAUAGCCGCGGAGCGUUUCCGCGAGAAUCACCCGGAGCCGUCCACUGCCAAGAUCGAGGUGCCCAAGAGCGCGGCCAUGCCCUCGACGAUGUCCUCCGUGCGCAUCGAUGAAAUGGUUGGUAAUGAUACUGCCGCCCCCACUGCCGUUGCCCCAAUCAACACCAUGCCGCCCGUCGCCGAACAGGCGGAGGGCGUGCCCCUGCAGGCAGUAACCUAUGACUUUCCCAAGGGCUCGCCAGAUGAGGAGGCCGAUGAUGCCAGCGGGAUACACUUCUCGGCGGGCAAUGGAAAAAUGCGCCUGGGCUCGUCCCCGUCGCUGGUCAGCGUAUCGGGGACGUUGUCACGCGUGAAUACCGUGGCCUCGGCCCUCAAGAGGUUCCUCAGUCGCGACGACAGUCGACCGGGAUCGGCCACGCCCAGCGAUGAUCAGAAACCGUACAAGUUCCCGGCCAGCGCCAGCUCGGCCAGUCUCACGGCUGGAAACGUGGGAUCGGCCACUUCGGCCGGCAAGCCAGCGGGUAGCCUGCGGAUCACCCAGCAGGUCAUCGAGGAGGUGGACGAGCAGGCCACCAUCACCUCCAUGCGCGCCAACGAGCCGCGACCCAAUGUCAUGAAUAUCUUUGGCCCAGGAACGGCAGGAGGAGUCGCUGCCGCAAUGCAGCCGCCACCUCCGGCUCAUUCACAGCCGGUGGACAUUCCGGCACGUCCGCUGGAGUACAAUCGCGCCCACUCGCAGUACGAGCCCAGCCUGUUCCCGCCCGGCGGAGUGGAUGCUCUGCUGAGCACGUCGGCACCAGCCGGAGGCAGUCCCUCGCUGCUGUCGAACGCCGCAACGGCCCCCAGCUCCCCGGUGGGGGACAGCAGCAAGUCGCUGUAUGACCCACAGAAGGCCGCCAGUCGGGAGACGGAGAGGCCCGAUGCACCGCAGGUUUUCAGGUGGUUCAUCACGAACGUGGAGAACAUGGACCUCAAGUCCUCCAGUGAUAUGCUGGCCGGUAGUGCCGCUGCCGAGCCCGAGGACGAGGGAGAUGACUUCGAGAAACUGAAGGCCGCCCGCGAAAAGGAGAAGCUGGUGCGACAGCAAAAGAAUCUGGCCCGAACCAUCAGCACGGCCCCGGGCGUGGAUGCCGCCGCUGUGGCCCAGGCCCAGGCCCAGGCGAUGACUGCCCAGGCGAAUGCCGUACUCACGGCCGUGGCCUCAAGUGCCGAUCUCCUCGCCGGCGCGGAUCUUGUGCCCAGCUCCACAAUGAAGUCGGAUAAUGCCGCGUAGAACGGCAGCUGGAGCGACGCCUAGUAUUCCUAGUAUUCUGUUGUACAAUUCUUGUGUCGUACAAUUACGUAGCCUAAGUCUAGUGCAUUAUUUAAUUUACUUACCUUAGCUGCUAAGCUAAACGCUGAUGAACUUAAUAUUGGACAGAUUAAGAAUGCUCAUAACGUCUAAACGAGCUUGAGUGAGGAUGGACCUAAUUAACGCUGUUGAUAACACACACAAAUACAAUACUAAACGCUAAGUAGAAAGUUAUUUGAAUUUUUACAAAUAUAAGCUAUUUUUGUAAAAGAG